AUGAGAGUAGAGACACUAUGGCAGCGCAUUGGUCGGGUUUGCAACCGGACACUACAAGGGACAGCCAUUAUAUUUGCUGAAAGAGAAUUUUUUGAUGAUGAACGCAAGAAAAAAGAAGAAAGAAGCCGAGCAAAAAAGAGAAAGAAAAAAAGUGAUGCACCAAAUACUCCGGCCAAAAUAUUUGUUACAACAAGCUCCAAGGUGCCAACUACACCUACAGCUGUGGCUGUUAUGGCCAAACGUACAGGCAAUGCCUCAACAGAUGACAAAUUGGGGCCAGAGACAGAAGAUGGCAAGGAAACCAGUUUGAUGGAUGCACUUUGUGCAACUGCGGCAGAAAGGAGAGAGGGAGUUUUAAUGACCAAGCAGCGUAAACUAGAAUUAGACCCCACCUUGGAUUAUUUGAUUAAUGCCGAUGUACAGCCAGGCUUAAAGUGUAGGAGAAAAGUGUUUGACCUGUAUUUUGACAACAAAGCUGCUGGGCCAUCUGACACGACAUUUCUGGGUUCUCUAGAAGAGUGGAGGGAGAUGAAGACGCUGCAGGUGUAUGGGGCAGCUUACCUAUCUAGCAUAGGCCCUUGUCUGAUUAUGACAGACAACAUUGUUGACCGCAUAGUUGAAUGUGCACAUUACCACAAGAUCAAGGAUUUGAGCAAGCUGAAGAAGGAAACAAAGUGGAUACAGUCAGAGAAGUAUGGUGCUGAAGUCAUAGCAUUGAUACAGUGCCAUGCACCAUGGCCUGUUGGUGCUACAGCAUCUCCAUUUGCUUCAACCCCGCUUCGACCAUCUGCCAGCACUGGCUCUAUUAGUACCACUACACCAGUCCUUCCUAGAAAGAAUAAGUGUGGUGCUUGUGGGCUUGAGGGCCAUAAUGCUCGCAAUUGGGUCUGCGUGAAUCAUCCCUCCCGCUCACUCUCUUCAAUGGCUAUUACUAAUAAGGAGAAUGCCUAA